AUGUUGGCCGGCGACUUCAUCACCCACAAAACGAACUUGCAAGCCAAGCUUGGCUAUAGAUAUGCAGGCAACAGCCUCCUGCAUCGUUUGCAACUCACGGUGCUGCCUUUUCCAGCGCUGGAGGAACAGGCGAUACCAGCCCUCAAGCAAGGAAGCAGCACAGGCUCCGCCGCUUUACUUUCUACAGGGCAGAUCUAUGGUGACUUCUUCGGUGCUGCCGUGUCUUGGGUGUUCAUCGCCAACGUCCUGGGUUUCGUCGGGCGCCUGGUUACCGAGCGCGAGGAGAAGAGAAAGGAGCUGUUUGCAUGA